AUGGCGCAAUCUACGGCUCCUCCGUCACCGUCUCUUAUCAGACAAUUCGCGAAUUUCACACGCUCUGGAGCAGGUCUUGAAAAAACACUCCGUUUUGUACAGUCUUUGGCGCAGAUUGUGGUCGAGGUCGCUGUAGAGAGUGCAACAGUUUCGAGAUGGUCAAUUGCUAAGUCUCAGUUGGCGUUGACUCGGAGAUAUUUCCGAUUUUUCAGCUUCAUCGACUGUUUCCUGAAUGUCUUUACGCUUCUCGGUGGGAAGGGAUCGGGAAAUGCAAUUCUGACUUUGCUCGAACUGGGGAAGUGGAGUUGUUUGGGGAUGUAUAUUUUCUUGGAGGAUGUGACUAUUCUCCAUGCAAUGAACAUCUGGACCGUCCCCUGGAACGGCCCUGUCCUGGUCGAAGCAUACAAACUCUGGUUUUACGCCAUUUCCUUUUCACUAAUGGGAUCCAUCUGGGCUCUUCUAUUCAGUUCGAGUAAAUCCCGAAACAGCAAAUCCAGACAAUCGAAAAAGUCGAAAUUGUCUGAGAAGUCAUCGCCUUCUAAGGCUGCCUCGUCGACCGCUCCCCUGAUGAGACGGAUUGUCGUCGAUGGAUGUGAUUUGCUGAUUCCUGGGGUGUUCUUGGGAUGGAUUGAUGUGAGUAAUGUGGUGAUUGGGAUGACGAUGGUGGUGAGUACAUUGGUUUCCUCGAGAGAUAUUUGGAUCAAGGCUCAAAUGCAGUGA